AUGAGUCUCUCCAACGAGCCGUUUCCUGUCGCUACAUGUCCAUCCCGUCGGUGGGAGCCAAAAAUACUCCAGCCCACCACCAGCGGAGACACCGUCUUCGGCCACUUGAACUCGGUGGACACGUUCUACCUUACGAGGCUCAAGAAUAUCCUCUAUUUCCCAGAGACCUCUGUGGCACGCAUGUUUUUCCUCGCAUUCAGAGAACACGUGCUGCCCACUUGUCCCGUCACAGACAGAUAUGAGUUGAACGAAAUAUACGAGAAUUUCGUAAAUGGGCACAUCACCUGCCCCAUGCUCUUACAUUCGAUUUUCUUUUCGUCGUCGCAAUAUGUCUCCCAGGAUGCGCUGACAAGCGCGGGUUUUGACUCGCUCCACGAGGCAAAGGCAUAUUUCUACGAACGUGCGACCUUGCUCUACGCAUUGAACUGUGAGUACGACCAGCUCCGGAUCAUUCAAGCCCUUUUGUUUGUCAGCAUGUGGUGGUCCGACUUCAGCGAGGAAAAGGGCACCAAAUACUGGAUCUCGUGUGCCGCGAACCUGGCACUGGCCAUCGGACUGCACAAGGCUGUCCCCGCGGCGGCCCGUCUAAGUCAACAGGAACGAUCAAUGUGGCGCAGGACCUUCUGGACUGUCUACAGCAGGGAUUGCAACGCCUCGGUUGCCAUGGGCCGUCCCCUCACGAUCAACAGCAAGGAGAUCGACGUGGAAGAGCUUAGUGAUGCAGACUUCUAUGAAAGAAGGGAGGCAUCUCCCCUCGGCCGUUAUCCUGGCUCCGAGGCGGAGGCUCUGGUUGACUUCACUGACUACUCGGGCACCCAGGUUUUCUACGCCGUCAAGACAGCUCGUCAAGCCGCUUUAUUGGACCGAACGAUCACAGUCGAUUUAGACUACGCUCUCGGCAGCGAAGAUGCCAUCAGAGAACUGUGUGAAUGCCAACGUGAAAUCACCAUUCUGCGAACGGAACUAUCAAGCUACAUCGCCAGCCAGUCCGAUGGGGGAGUGAAAGAUGGUACGUCCGUCCCUACGCAGAUGCGGUGGAUCAUGUUUCUGCAACUGAGUACCGAACGAACCCUCUCGAUCGUCUGUCGCUACCUUCGAAGACACAUUGAGAAAAGUCAAGCUUGGGAUGCCACCUGCUCGCUCAAAGUGUCCGAGAUCCGCGCUGAAAUGGUCCGGGCCGCUGCCAGGACACUGAACUUGUACGAAGAGCUCCUCAACUCUGAUUGCUUGAGAUAUUCUCCCAAUUUCCUGAACACCCCCAUCUUCGGGGCCAUGGUCACUUACGCCGAAAUCAUCAAAGAAGCACGAGAGAAAGGCCGGGUCGACAGGAUUGCAACAAACAAGUACCAGCUUGGGACCAUGAUAUUGGAGGAGAUGGAGUCGUUCUGGCCUGCCUCGGCGUGGGCAUGCUCCUUGUUCAAGAUCCUGGCUGAAAAGGAUUUCUUACCUCUCCGAAUUCUGCCCCAUGCGUCCCGGUGGCAGAGCCCUGAACCGGGUAGCGAAGAAGUGGGAACCGAAACUGGAACCGGCUUCAACCAAGAUGGUGGUGGUGGUCCCCAGGCUGAAAGAUCAGCGGAAAGAUCAUCCUUCGGCUACGAUCCGUUGCAGGACGCGAACUUCUUCCUGAACUUCAACGCCAACAGCACCCUCGAGGCUAUGUUCUCUGACGAUCUCUUUGACCCACAAACGUGGUAUGCCACGAUGCAGGCCCCGCAGUAA